AAAUGGACCAAAACAUAAAAUGAAAAUAAGACAAACAAAACAAAUUGUAUUUUUGUUGUUGCGCUUAAACAACUUGAGUUUUAUAUUCUGGAUUCAAGAAAUUGGAAUUUAGAACCAUUAACAAUGAAUAAUUUUCAGAAAGAAUUCAUAAUGGACAUGUUUUUGGACAGUGAUCAUGCUUGUACUAUGAACAGAUUAAUUGUAGCAACUGCUAAUGUUAUCAGUGAAAACAAUGAUAAUUUGAAUAUGUUCAGUACUGCUGUUGAAAAAGAAUUUGAUCUCACAUCAUUAACCGAAGAAAAUCAAAGUCCUGGUGCUGUACCUGUUACGCGACGUAUGAAAGGAUUUUACGAAAAUUCUGUUCGUAAUUUUACCGAUGCAGAUUAUACAGCUUGGUUCAAAAUUAAGAAAAGCACUGUUCAGGCACUCAUAAACUUCUUAAAGAAAUAUGUGAACCCUGGCAACAUUUCUCUAGAAAAGAAAGUUCAUGUUUUUCUUUGGUUAAUGGUGAGUGACUGUUCUUACAAUGAAAUUGGAAAAUUAUUUGGUCUGCAUAAAUCAUCUGUGAGCUACAUAUUCAACGAGAUAGCUACUAUACUGACCGAGCACAGAUAUAGUUUCAUUAGUUGGCCGUCUGUUGAGGAACAACACAUAACUAGGAUAAAGGUGAAUAGUAGGUUUAAGUUUCCCAACUGUGUCGGCUUCAUAGACGCCUGUCGUUUUAAAGUAGGUUCCAAAAGAAAUAAAAAAGACAAACCAGAAAUAAUUCUCCUACAAGCUGUCUGUGAUGAAUCGUUAAUGUUCUUAGAUAUUCAUAUUGGUGAAGUUGGUAAAACUAGGAAAAAUAGAGUUUUUAAAGAGAGCACUCUCUCGCACGAGUUGAAAAAUUUUGUUGAAUUUGAGAAUCAUAUUUUAGGGGACUCUGAGUAUAAAUUAAAGAAAAAUCUAAUCACUCCAUUUACGAGUGAGGAAUUGUUGACAAGUGAGGAGAUGAAGUUUAAUGAGAUUCAUUGGAAAACCCGUAGUUAUAUUGGUCAUGCGUUUGAAUUGAUGAAGGAGAGGUUUAGGAAGUUAAAUCAUAUUGACAUUGUGAAGGUGGAAUCAGUUCACCUACUUAUAUCUGUUGCGUGUAUACUCCAUAAUUUUAUAUUGAUACAUGAGGGCUCUUCAGAAGUAAAGGAGGAAGCAGUGGCAUGUGAUGAUGGAGUCUCCAUCAACACAAGUAUUGUACAAACUGCUUUAGAGAAAAGACAAUUCUUAUGUAACUAUAUUAAUUAUAUUGACUCUGAAGAAGUAGGAUAAUUUAUUUAUAUGAUGUAUUAUUUACUAUUUAAUUUAUUAUAUAAGAGAAUAUAGAUUGUUGUGAUAUUUUUAAACUAAUAGAAUCCAUUUUGGAAAUUCUCAGUAAUUAGCUAAAAAUAAUUGUUCACUUUCGUAAAUAUACUGAAAAAAACUUGACUAGUUUCGAGUCAGUAUGUUGCGCGACGUCGCCGUGUCUGCGUACGCUACUCAUGGGGAGAGUCCCUCUGUGACUCGAAACUAGUAGAGUCAUGAAACCAUUGUUUUUAGUUAAUUUAGUAUGUCUCGGUAAUGAAAUUUAUUAAGCAAUUGCAUUGAAUUGUGUGUACAUGUACACCUAAUAUAUUUAUUUAUCAAGAAAUCAAUUGUGUGUUUACCACAUAAAGUUCUGUAAAUUUUUAUACUUACCAUUUAUAUUGUGAUCAACUGAAUUAUUUUGCAAUAAAACCAAGGUUGUAAUGUUUUAAUACUUAUAUUUUCUCUUCUAGUACUGAAAUUUAUAUAAUUGCCAGCAUUAUGAUAUAAAAAAUAUAAAUAAAACAUAUUUUCGAGUGAGUAGUGAGUACUAAUGACAGUAUACAUGUAUGAUGACAUUACAUUAUGUAUUUUUUUAUAUAACAACAUCAGUAUUAAUAUAAAUGAUCCAAAAUGUAUUAUUGUUUAAUUUAUUAUACACUUAAUCAUUUUACGAAAGGAAACAUUUUGUGAUACUCACUUUAUUUAUACGUACAUAGAUAAAUCACUUAUAAUAUUUAUAAUUCUACUGCUUAUUUACUUUUUAUGUACAGAAAUAGAUAGUUUACUUUAUUUUUUGCUUAACAUAAGAGACUUUGAUUGUUUUACGGUGGGAAUACUAGCUCAUUUUUAGAUUUCUGGUGGUUAUUUCAGCCUAAUAAGAAUUUAAAUCCACAUCAAUACUGAAGUCAUACAAUUAUAAAUAUGUUAAAAGAUGACAUAAAAUUAAGUCCGUUGUAUAAACACAGGUUUGCAUAGGAAUACAUAUUAGCUAAUCAAGCUUAUUUGGUUUAACAUUAGUAUGUAGAUAUUGAGAACGAAAUAUGUAUGUUUUAUAACAUUUAUACAAAUAAAUAAAUUUCUCUGUCCCGAUGUAUCCUACAUAACAUUAGGCACUAAAUUGGCAACCUACAAGGCACUAUGCACUUAGCACAGCAAAUAUGCUAUAAUAAUUAUAUUAUGAUUUUAUAAUAUUGUAACAAAAUUUAUAACUCUAUUAUUUUACUAUAGCUCGUAAUACUAUACUGCGUUUUUUUAUACAUUUAUUCAAAGUAAGUAGUUUGUAAAACAACCGCCUUAUUACAGCUGAACUAUGCAAGUACAUAACAAACUGGCGAUAUUAUAUAAACAUAAAGAGUGUGUAUCAUUUCACAUAAUUACUUUUACUGCAAAUGAACGUGCCUAACGAAAUUAAAAUACAUAUUACUAAGUUCACUGAUAUUCUCUUUUUUAUUCAUAUCUGAAUAUCGAUGUCAUUUAGCUAAAUUCAUGAGCUGACCAUGUCAAGCCACAAUAUCGACAAGCCUGUUGGCUUUACAUACUAGUAACAAUACAACACUAUAUAUAUACAUUUAAUUAUAUUUACAAUUAUAGCUGCACCUUGAUAUUAUCUCCUACAUAUUUAGGAUUAUGGAAUGUGACAAAACUGUACCUAACUAACACUAAAGCCGAAUAUUUACAAUCGGUGUAUAAUAAAUGAGUCAUAUCAGUCUGA